UGCGGUCGCUGUCACUAGCGGGCUCACCCGCGGAGGCGGCGCUGGCGCUGCGGUCUUCGACGUGCCCACCGCUAACCGCGCUGGACCUGUCGUUCGCGCGGUGCCUGGACGACGCCAAGCUGCGCGGCAUCCUGGCGCCGCCGGAGAACUCUCGGCCCGGCGGCGGCGCGGUCCGGCGCCGAGCCCUCGCGCCUCGCCGCACUCGCCGUACUACGGCUGCCUGGCACAGAUAUCACCGACGUCGCCAUGCGAUACGUCGUACAGGCGCUGCCUAAGUUGGUUGAGCUCGACGCGUCGUCGUGUGCGCGGCUGACAGACGCGGGCGCGGCACAGCUGGCACAUCACACACUGCAGCGGCUGUCCCUAGCGGGCUGUCGACUGCUCACGGAGGCUGCGCUGGACCACCUCGCGCGGUGCCCCAACCUCGUUAGACUGGACCUUCGACACGUGCCGCUGGUGUCAACACAAGCGGUGAUCAAGUUCGCGGCCAAGUCCAAGCACAACUUGCACGUCAAGGAUGUGAAGCUUGUAGAGUUGCGGAAGACCUGAUCCGAGGAGGCCGACAGCGGUCGCGAAGAAAAGACGCCCGAACCGGCCACGUAAACCGCCGCCGACUGGGAAUAGUGCUGUGUGUGUGUUGGCGCCAUUAUACGGUGACUUUACGGUACCACUGCGUUAGAAUGUGCUCUAAUGACAUCGGAACAGAGUCGUGUUUUAUUAUGACUUGGAUUUACUAACAAACCUGUCCGAGCCCAUAUGUACCGUGAAGACCCGAAUUCAAUAUUUGUGUUACUCGUUAUUUUACUGUCACAGUAUUAGGUAUAUUAAGACCCCCAGACAAGUGUUUUGUUUUGUGUACAGCCGGUACUUUCCCAUGUUAAUACCAAAAAAUAUUAUAGUGCCUUGCAAUGUAAAUUAAUGAACCAAAAAUGUUAAUUGUUUGGUUACAUUUCGCACAACAUAUCAAAUUUCGUCGCUAUGUGCCAACACACAGUUAGUGUAGAUAUUUGGAAAGACUUGCGUACCCUGGUACUAUUACUGAAGUGAUACGAUAAAUUAGAUAAAGUUAUUUUAGGGAAACGAUCAGCUAGAAUAUCGUGUGGAAAUUAAUCAAUUCGGUUCUAUAUUUUGGCUCGUUACCAGUGGUAGAGCUUUCUUGUAAUAUUACAAUACAGCACAUAUUUGAAUGCACAAUCAAAUAAAUAUAUACAAAGUUAUAUAUAUCUAAUUUUAUUGCAUGCUGUUAUGUUGAUGUUAUAUUCUAUUGUCAAGGCCUGAACACAAAAACAAUGAUCAUAUUCGUAAGAAAAAAAAUGUGAUACCUUUUUUAAAUUAAAAUCAAUAUCGAGAACAAGAGGCUUUUGUUGACUGAAAUUCUAAAAAUGUUGACGAAAUUUACGUUAUAAUAAUUGAAUUCUCGGGCUGUAGACAAGACGCCUUUCUGUAAUCGUUAACACUAAUAGAAAACAAAAAAAAAGUAUAUGGAAAUGAGAUAUCCUAUCGAUAUGUCCAUUGUUAGGAUAUGUCAUUCUCAUACAUAACCUUAGCGUUAACGAUUGUAAAAUGGCAUCUUGGUUGUGGCCCCUGAAACUGUAGUGUCAUUCAUGGUUCUUACGUUAUAAUGCUUAGUAUCGCCCUUUUGUCCAACAUAACUUAAAUACUUAUAAAUCAUAAAAGUUUAUUUUAUGAUAACUAUUACUUUAUUGCUUAUUUCUUUAUUAUUAAGAACUAUAAGCUCAAGUAAGCAACAAUUUCCAAAGAAAAUGCACCUUAUUUAUGCUCAAUUAAAAUUAUGAAUGAAACUACAGAUAUUGUCAAUAUACAUGUAACAUUUUAUUACUGCAAUACUUUGUAAAUAGCGAUUUAUUUAUGCCAAUAAAGUUAUAUUUUUAGUUCAUGACAAUUUGAAAUUGCUUAGGUUGUAUGUUUUAGUUCUAGUCGCUUUUAGUUAAGCCGAAUUAGUGAGUGGAAAUAUUCAUGAGAAUUGAACCUUAUCACAGUGACUUCGUGUAGUGUUGAACAAUGUGGUAAAAUAGUGCACGUAUACAGGUUUCGUGAGCUGUCUUUUUGGCUGAAUGAAGCCGAGUGUUUGAGUUGUGACUGCAGAUAUCCCUGUGUGGAUAUGUUAUAAAACAAUACGUUUAAACCAUUGGCGUGGCGUGGGUUAAUGUCGCUCAUAAGCAACGAGCGGGAGCAAAAAAGAGAUUUCAGGAAAUGAGUGUCACGUGCUCCUCAGCUAGUGAUACAUACGACAAAAGUAAAUUUUCUUUGUUUACAUAUUUGCCGUUAAAUAUGCAGCCGGGGCAGGAGGUCCCCCCUCCCCAACUACAACGCCACUGGUUUAAUCGUAAAAUUAAUUCAUUAUCCGUGUUUCGAGUGGAAUCAAAGCCAAAC